AUGCUAUGUGGCUGGGCUCAAGAUGUGGGGUUGAAAGGAAGCCUCACGCCGCGGGAGUUGCACCCAGGACCCUGCCUCGUUGAAGGCAUGGCGACUGGACUGGAUGGCGAUAGAGGUACCAUCCCCAAACAUCCGCAGCAGCUCUUCUUUGACAAUGUCAAUCCUGCCACGCGCCUCUUGGAAAAGCGUCGGCAAAUGUAUGAAGUGCAGGACGCUUUAGAGAAUCAGAAGGCGCGCUUUGCGAAGGAGGAAGAGCAGUUUCGGAAAAAAGAAGAACAGCUCCGGGUGAAGGACCUGCACCUGCAGAAUCAGUUGGUGAAGUUCAACAAGUUCUUGCAGGACAAUGAGGCCAAACGUCGGCGCUCCGAGACCCGUGCUCACGAAGAAGCCGCCCAAAUUAAGCAGAAGGAUGAGGAGAUUCAGGAUUUAGAGAAGCAGCUUCAAGACAGCAAAGCCACGUGUACAAAGUUGGAAGAGGAAAAGGACAGGAACAUGAAGUACGAGGAGAGCAAGGGAUGCGUCAGCGAAGCUUUGGGGGAUAUGAGACGAGGGAGUAACUGCCUUCGGGGACUGGGUUUCUCUACAGAAGCGAUGCAGAAGAUUCAGGUGGAGAGCAAUGCGGAGCAACUCUUUCGCGAUAUGUCUGCAACUUUGCUAUUAGAGAUGCACAGUAUCGCGCAGAAGCUGCAAGACAACUUCACUCAGGAACUUCGGAAAGAGUUGGAUGAGCUCCGGUCGAACCUGGCCAAGGACCGCAAAGCGGCCCAAUUUUUCCAUGGCUCAGAGUCGAUCUCAAAGGUGACAACUGAGAUCUCGCGACCAGUCCCGCGGUUGAUGAAGGCAAGAAGCUUUCACUUCGCGCCGCAUGUCUGGGCAACGCGUCACAUCCGGCGUUAUCGGCAAAGUGAGGAUGAAGAGGAUGAGGAGUUGGAAGAAGGUGAACGGCUCCGGGUGAAGUCCACCAAGUCGCGCGUGCCCUCGCGACCCUCCACCGCGGCCAGCCGGCCCAGGGUGUCUUUUGCCAGCCGCGGAUGCAGCGAGCACUUCGACCAUAGUCCACAUCCCAUGGUUCUGCUGGGCCAGGAGCCUGACCUGAAUGACAUUAAGCAGCAAGAGGCUCUCCAGACCAAAGUGGAAGAGCUACCGCGGCUGCCGGGCGUGAUCCAAACGGAGGACCCGGACGCCUUGGGCUUGCCGGAAGUCUUGGAGUCCUUGGCGGUUCACAAGGACGACAGCCAACCAAGUGCUUCCGGUGAUGGUAGUCAGUUGCUGUCCCCAACGCGAGCAGCCAAGAAUCCCUCCAGGCCUAAAACCAAGGCCGUCAGUGUCCGCCCUGCUGACCGUGCACGUGGCAAUGGCUGUGAGAGCAUUGAAGUGGCCAUGGGAUUGCGGGCGAUGUUUUCGGAAAAUCAUCACAGACAUCGCGAUUUGGGCGCAUGCCGCCGGUGGAUCUCAAGGUUCGUUCGGAGCCAAAAGUUCGAGUACUUAGUGGUAGCCGUGAUCGUCACCCACACAAUCUUGGUUGGAGCGCAGAUCAAUGGCAUGACGCUGACCGGUGCCGCGGAUCCAGCGGCCGGCUUCAGAGCAAUGGAUAUCGUCAUUUGCAUCUUUUUCGCGUUGGAGGUUGGACUUCGACUGACAGCGCACGGCUUAAAGUUUUUCUACAUGUUGGGUUGGGGUUGGAACGUCCUGGAUUUCUUCCUGGUGCUUGCACAGAUCCUUGAAGAGUUGCUUAUUUUGGCCAGCAACGGGCACUUUGGAGGAAUGGAUUUUGGUGUCCUUCGAAUUGUGAGGACGCUCCGGUGCGUUCGCCUCCUCCGGGUCCUCCGCAUCACCCGAUUCUUAAAUGACUUAAGGAGAUUGGUCGCUUGCAUUGUCUACUCGGCGAAGUCCUUCAUUUGGUCAGUUGCCUUUGUUUUCCUGCUGGUCUACAUCUAUGGCCUCUACUUGACCCAAUCGGUUCAUCUGCACAGACUCGAGACAGGCCCCAAUGCUGCCGGAGACGAGGUCCUGGCCGAAUACUUUGGAACGGUUGGACGAUCCAUCCUUUCUUUGUUCCAGGCUCUCACGGGAGGUAUCGAUUGGCGGGACUUGGUGGAGCCACUGAGUCAGUACAUGAACUGGGGAUGGGGACUGGCCACCGUCAUUUGGAUCGCAUUUUUGAUGCUUGGAGUCAUGAACAUCAUCACAGGCAAUUUUGUGUCUGCUGCGAUGGAACGUUCCCAGUCCGUGAAGGAUGUGGACAAUGUCUUCCAAGCAAGACGGCUGUUCAAAAGCCUGGAUAUUGAUGACAGUGGUGCCAUUACGAUCGAUGAAAUCCGACGGCAUUUGGAGUCCAAGCCUGUGCAGCAGUUCUUCAGGACGAUCGAUGUUGAUUCAUCUGAAGCAGAAGUCCUGUUUGAGAUUUUAGAUUUGAGUGGAGACGGCAGCAUAGACAAAGAGGAGUUCAUCAGCGGCUGUUUACGGCUGCAGGGUGCAGCCAGGGCCGUGGAUCUCCUGCUGAUGACCAAGGACACGCGCCGAGGCUUCGAACAGAUUCUUUGCUACCUCGAAGAGCUCACACAGCGUUUCGAAGCCACACAGGACCCAUGGAGUGGUGUUUUGAAGCUUUCAAGCAGCCACAAUGGCACAGCAUUUAUCAUGUAA